AUGAGCGCUCAGGGCCGCCACAAAGAGGCCCGUGGACUGUCGGCAACACGCCUCUCGAUCAAAUGCGACUUACGGAUUCCUACCUGCCUCAACUGUGAUAGAUCACGCCAGUACUAUUGCGAAGGCUAUCCCGACAAACAGACAGCCUUGUUUCAAUACAGUGACGGCCUGACACAACUUCCACAUGCCAGCUUCAAUGAUGUAUCCCUUGAUCAGCUGGUCGGGCCCGAGAUUACCUUCAACAUACCGCCCAGACCUGAGGCGGAUUACGAUAUCAGCAUCGAUGGACUGCCUAGUUCACAAUGGCCGGAUGUGUCUUUCCCACCAAAUUACGCAUCUGAGCAGACUGGUCUAGUCGAGGGCAACCCGGUCUGGACGCCUGGUAGCCUCUUUCAAGCACCUAUGACCACGGCCGAGUCGGACACGAUGGUCGAAUUUUUCGACGCAGCCACGUCCAAGAGGAUUGCAAUGGAGUAUGACCGCCCAACAAAUCUACGCCGAGGACCUAAUUUACAGUCCUUUCAUCCCCCAAGUCUUGCAUUCAGCCCUGAGCUAGACAAGUCGCUCUCUGUACAGAGUUCCAGGAUGGCACCUAGGAUAGCCUCGAGAGACACGAGAGUCUCUUCGCCCUUCGCCCAAGGAAAUGAUCCACGCAUCAUCGAGGACCUCCUGCAUCACUACAAGACUCACGUUUCUCAACUGAUGAUGCCUACUUCAGCCCCCAGUCAGAACCCGUAUCUUUGCGUAUAUCUGCCCAUGGCAUUGCAGAACCCUUCCGGAGACGCAAAGGAAAGUCUACUGAUGGCAAUCCUCGCGGUAGCAGCCUUUAACAAAGCUGAACUCAAGACCUCUGAGGCAAAACGAUACCGCACUUACGCGACGAACUUCGCGGAGAGAGCCGCCUCGAUUCUGCAGAGCUUUACUGGAGCGUCCCAACGGCAGGGUCCUGGAUCGUUAGAUGAAGCCGACAGAAAAGCGCUGCUAGCUGCUGUUGUGACUAUGAACACGGUCGAGAUCUUCAGCGGUGGGCAACACGGAAAAGGCUACGAAUGCCUUCUCUGGGGCAAGCGGAUAAUCAGCAUGACCGGCGGCCUGGAAUGUCGCACACACAUCUGGCUGGAAGCUCCUGAAUCCUUGCCUGAUGUGGCACCGAAUCCGUGGCUGACACCGACAACCACUCGGACAGGCGACGCUGCCCAUGAUUCGGACGAGCUCGCGGCUACAAUCAGCCCUAGCCCUGUAGGUCAGUACACACUCGACGUCUCCUUCGGUGUAGCGCGGAAGACGCUAGAAUGUCUCAACAAGACGAUCGAUCUCGCCAACCAGCGAGAGACGCACCAGGACCCCGAACACAAAUGGCGAUGGCCGGAUCAUACGCACAGCGCACUCCGGCAGCUCGAGUCAGAGAUCUUCGAUAUCAUUGGCGACCCCAAUGCGCUGGACGGCGAGGGCGCGUCGAACUUACUAGCGCAGGAGGGAAUCUCUGACUACAUCAACGAGGAGGUCAAAGAGAACCAUGUAUGGUCGUUCCACUACAGUGCGGCGCUGUUCUUUCGCAGGGCUAUUUGCGGCGGCAGUCCGUCUGUGGCUGCUAUGCUCGGCGACGACGAUUCCACAAGGGAGACUGCAGAUCGCCUUAGCGGGCAAGAGCUCGUUGCGAAGGCGCUGGAUCAUUUGGAGAAUAUUGAUGUCCUUUCCGGAGAUGCGGUUGUGGCAAACACACUGUGGCCGGCGUUCAUUGCGGCCGUCGAGGCAGUACAUACGCCGUUAAGACAUCGGGCGCUGAUAUGGUUUGUACGUGCCAAAAGGCAUGGGAUCGGAAACAUUACUAAGGCCAAGGCGUUGGCCAUGGAGAUCUGGCGCCAGGUCGAUAGGCAGUCGUGGGUGCGCGCGGAAAAGAACAAGCAUAACGGCGAAUUGAGCUGCGUGGACUGGAGAAAGGUCAUGCAGGAGAAAGGGAUGUAUAUUAUGCUAACAUAG